AUGGACUCUUUGGACUCCCUUGUUGCAGAAUGCAGCGAUGUGGAAAAGAAGCUCAAGGACGCACUUGGAAAGCUGACGGUGACCAAGGAGAGAAAGUGGAAUAGGGCUCGUCAGACCCUUGAGGUUUCCAUUCGCAGCAUCUGGAAGCAGGGGGAACUAGAAGCAAUGAGCACGCAGCUCGAGAGAAUCCGCAGUCAGGUCAUGAUGAAUGUUUUGAUGUGUGUGUGGAGCGAGGCACGCAACAACAAGAAACAAACUGAACAUGUCCUCCAAACCGUCCAUCACAUUGAAACAGCGAUGGAGGAUAUAGACGAGGACUUGAAAGCCAUUAGAGCAGGCGGCCGGUUGCAGGACGACAAAGUACAGACGAGGAUGAAUACGGCAAUCUGGGCGUCCACGGGUCUAGUAGAAGUUACAACGGACGAAGCUACCGCCCCUCCUCCCUAUACGCCCCUGCCAACAAUAGAAGCACCGAGAGACGCUGGUCUAGAGACCAGGUUGCCGUUUUCACAACGAUUACUCCGCAGCCUUCAGUUCGCGGAGAUGGAGAACCGCGCCAGCCAAAUUAAAUCGGCUUUCGAGAACACGUUCAAGUGGCUCCUUGACGGUGACAACGAGGGUAGAAAGUACGGAAAAGGAACUUCCAGGCUGAGCUUUCGGCACUGGCUGAGUACUCAUGAGGAGGAGUCUCAUAAGAAGGACACUAACGAGGAGGACUCCCUGGGCGAGAAAGUCUUCUGGAUCACCGGCAUACCUGCGUCUGGCAAGAGCACACUGAUGAAGUUCAUCACCACCCACCCAUCUCUCAAACCCCGGCUCCAAGAGUGGGCGGGCAAAGACGAAGUCCAAGUAGCCAAGUUUUACUUUUGGAACGCAGGCUCCAAAAUCCAAAAGUCGCGUGUCGGCCUCUUCCGGUCGCUACUUUACCAGCUCCUGAGCCAGAACCCGGAGCUGUCCGACAUUGUUGCCCCGAGACGACAGCUCUACUUCAGCAUUGCAGGUGAUAAGGCCGAAGCUCCAGACUGGGAAUGGCCGGAGCUCUGCCAAUGCUUCUCUAGGCUUGCCUGGCAGCUGCAAAAAAAGAAUAUACGACUCGCGCUCUUCAUAGACGGUCUGGAUGAGUAUGAAGGGUUCAACGACAAUCUGCCCAAGACUCACCAGCUGACCAACGAGAUGGUAACAUUUCUCUUGCAAUCCCGGAAGAAGUACGAUUGGAAACUUUGCGUGUCCAGCAGGCCGGGGAACUACUUUCGGGACAAACUUAGGAGAUCCCACUCCCUAGCCAUGCAACAGCUCACACAACCGGACAUUGACGAGUAUGUUAACCAGCGCCUACUGUUCAACGUAGCAAUCCAGGACGCCAGAAAGGUUGAUCCAGAGGCUAUCGAAACGCUAAUCAGCAAUCUGAAAACCAAGGCUCGAGGCGUUUUUCUCUGGGUUGUACUCGUCGUUGAACAGCUACGCAUCACCGCCCAGGAUAACCCCCAUAGUUCCGCCAUUCGCAAGGUGUUCGACAACUUGCCCCCUGACCUGAACGAUCUGUAUACCGCCAUCCAGAAUCAGAUAGGGCCGAAGAAGCAGCGGCAGGCCUCCAAGCUUUACCAGCUGGUCAGAGAGUGGAAAAGGACCUGGAACGGGCAGAUGGAUGCCGUCUUCCUUUGGCUUGCAGACGAAGAAGACGCGGACGAUCCUGAUUACCUUGAGCCAACCAAAAAGUAUCCCGAGGGCGCGAAGCAUGAGGCGAUAGCGAAGCAGACCGUGAGGGUUGUAGAAGGGUGCACUAGGGGCAUUCUCCAAGUCUCAGACCCUAUAACGGGAAGCGGCCCUGCGACGGUCGACUUCCUUCACAAGACGGCGUACGACUGGAUUAAGUCGCCUAGCAACUGGAAUGGAAUAAUUCAAAAAGGUCCGGAUAGAUAUCAGCCCAUGAUCCCCAUCCUUGCAGUUUUGGUCCGCCAUGCGCGGUCGCUAGCCAGCACAAGCAAGUACUCUACCCGCAAACAGUGCAUCAGCCGACUGUUCCUGCUGGCAAGCAAGGUUCAAGAUCCACCAGAGGCUAGGUCCCAGAUGAUUGCCAUCCUCGACCAGCUUGACGUUCGACAACUCCAAGGUCUUGGCAUCGACAGCAUCUUUUUGCAAACUGCGAUAUCUACCGAAAGCAAAGGUGUGAAAAGAACGGCAGUAGCAAACCACAUGGCCUGGGCCGCCGCAUGGGCAUGUCGUCCCUACAUCUGUGGGAAGGUGGAACAGAACCCUUCUAUCCUCUCAGUGCCGCGGCGGCAGAUUACACUGUUCUCUUUGAAGAAAGGCACGCCUUCUGAUAUACCGGUCCUCGAAAUAGUCAUUUUUGGAUACCGGCUAGGUGGCGCGCGCAAGGAGCCCGGGGAGGAAAGCUGGGUGAAUAGCGUACGGAGAUUGAAUGCAUGGCAGGCGUGGCAGAGGCUGGAGACGAUCAAGGAGCUUCUUCAGAAAGGGGCGAAGAUCGAGAAGUAUAUGAAAGAAAUCCUUCGUACGGCGGUCAAGGAUGCGCCUCAAAACAGUGUUCAGGCGAAGUAUGCCCAGCUUUUGUUUGACCUAUCGGGGCGCAAUAAUAUUUUAGGGUCUUUUGACGAGAUGAGUCAAAAGUCAUUUCCGAAGCAUGAGGUGGACGAGGCACGCAAGGAAGGGGAAUUUCCAGACUACCAUAUCGAUUCGUAA